AUGGCAGGUCGGGCAGGUGAAGGCAAUCACGCCUUUCUCAGAGUGAAAUUCCUGAAAAAUAACGGAGAAAUUAACAAUUACUACAGAUGUCUUGAUGUGCUCGGCGAAGGUGCUUAUGGUAAGACCCACGAGGUUGAGCACGUAAGCAAUGGACGAAGAUACGCCAUGAAAGUUCAACGGUUCGAACGCGUUGCUCCUGGAGCUGUAGUCACUUCGUGGAAUGAUCCAUACGGAGAUGUAAAGAGGAUCUACAAAGAAAUGGUUAUUCUGAACGUAAUACUUCCUCGACAUAGGAAUAUAAUUGAACUCAAGGACUUGCUGAUGAGCGUUGAUACAGUGUACAUUGUGCUAGAACUAUGUGCAAGCAAAUGUCUCAGCCAUUUCUAUCCUAUCGCCCAAAACAGAAGCGGGAGAAGAAUCUUCAAACAAAUAGUCGAAGCAACUCAUUUCAUCCAUCAGCAUGGCGUGCUACAUAUGGAUUUGCACUCAGAGAAUAUUCUAUUCGCCGAUGAUACCAUGACGGAAUCUAAGAUCAUAGACUUUGGUUUAGCUGUCUACAAACCAGCUUUAGCUGUAAAAGUUCACGCUAAUUUUAAGCAUCGUGAGUGGUUCAAUAUCGAUGACUUAAGCUGCCUCCAUGAAGACUUAUCAGUACCCCAAGAAGAUAUAAGAGCCUUGGGCCAUAUACUGCACUGCAUUCUGGCUGGAACCGACGUAUACCCAGGAGAGUUUGAACAGCCUGGCGCUAUAGGUGAAGCUGAAGGUGAAGGAGUGACUCCCGACUACAUGCCAAGAAUGCACAUUUUUGACAGGAAGGCAAAGGAUUUGCUCGAACUGAUUGGCCCAGAGUAUUUCCGUCGUGGCGCAUUGCCAACUAUAGAUAAAGUCCUUACUCAUCCUUGGCUUGCAUAG